AUGGGCAUCCCACGCUUCUAUCGCUACAUGUCGGAGCGAUAUCCGCUUAUAAACCAGCCAAUCUCGGACGUAUCGCUGCUGCCUGAAUUUGACGCCUUCUAUCUCGACAUGAACGGUAUCGUACAUAACUGUACCCACUCGGACGCUGCCGACGAUACGCUCAACUCGCUGUCGCUCGAGGCGCAGCUACACGGUAUAUUUACGUAUCUGGACCGUCUCAUAACGCACAUUAUCAAGCCCAAGCAGCUUGUGUAUAUUGCAAUCGACGGCGUAGCGCCUCGAGCCAAGCUCAAUCAACAACGUUCGCGUCGUUUUCGGGCCGGUUUAGAACGUCAAGAGGCCAUGGAAAAGGAGAGACACAUGCAGAUUAAGCUUGAAGACGAGAAGAAUGGCCACAAGGCCAAACCCGUGACCAACAAGUUUGAUUCGAACUGUAUUACACCAGGCACUGAGUUUUUGAGCAAUUUGUCGCAGCAUUUGGUCUAUUUUGUCCGUCAAAAGAUGAAAAAUGAUCCACUUUGGGCCCGGCUUGAAGUGUUCUUUAGUGGAAGUGAAGUACCAGGGGAGGGAGAGCAUAAGAUUGUCGAGUUUAUUCGUCACCGUAAGAUGGCGAGUAAUUAUGAAGCCAAUAUGCGUCAUUGUAUGUAUGGCAGUGACGCCGAUCUGAUGCUCUUGGGCUUAAUGACUCAUGAACCUCAUUUCACGCUAGUAAGAGAGACAGUCGUGUGGGGAAGUCAACAUAAGAAGGUUGCGGCCAAACAGAUUCAAGAGCAGCAGUGGCAGUUGGUACAUUUGAGCUUAUUUCGGGAGUAUCUCAUGAUAGAGAUGAAUGUGCAACCACCACUGGAUGGAGAACGAAUGCUGGAUGAUUUUAUUCUACUGACGUUUCUGCUGGGAAAUGACUUUAUACCACAUAGUCCGACGUUAGAGAUCAGUGAAGAUGCAAUUCCGUUGUUGCUAAAAGUAUAUCGGGAGUUGCUCGAGAGUCACAAGGGAAAUUGUUUGACGCUGAAUGGAAAGAUUACAAAUGUCAACUUGCUUCAGAAACUUUUUCAGAUUAUUGGCAACCAGGAGGAGGAAAUUCUCAUUAACCGUGCGAUGGAAGAGAAACGACGGUCAGGACGUCGGGGUGGGAGACAGCAAGCCAAACAGCACGAUGUUAAUGCCGAGGAAGUACAAAAAGCUAUCACAGCUCUUCGUGGCGAUGAUGAGGAUGACCACCCACCACCGUUAGUAGAAGAUGAAGAGGAAGCCGAGCGUGCAUUGCUAGAGGCGCUGGAUGGCCGUGAUGACACGAUAAUGUCAUUUGAACUCAUGAAGAGCGAUCGUGAGGUGCUUAUGUUAGUUGGCAGUGAGAGUUUUCAGGACACAAAGUGGAAUUACUACGAGCGAAAAUAUGGCAUUAAACGCGGUAAUGGCGACGCUGACAACAAGGACCUGGAAGAAGUGAAAAAGGCCUACAUGGAGGCAUUAGUGUGGUGUCUCGCCUACUACUUCCAAGGUCCGCCAUCGUGGGCGUGGUACUACCCUUACCAUUACGCCCCAAUGAUUUCCGAUCUGACGGACAUUGAAGACAUGAUUACACAUGUAAAGUUUGAUGAAGACCCGACGAUUGCAGGCCCGUUGCUACCGUUCGAACAGUUGAUGUCAAAUCUUCCGUCCUCAAGCGCCAACCUCGUGCCGGAGCCGUACAGAUACCUUAUGGUCUCUCCUUUAUCACCAAUUAAACAUUUCUACCCAGAGACGUUCGAAAUUGACAUGGAAGGUAAGCGCAACCCUUGGGAAGGCGUGAACUUGCUGCCUUUCAUUGACGUGGCAUUGCUAAAGCAGACUAUCGCUCAAUACUGCUUAGACUCUCAGUUGACUGAGAUCGAAAGACGACGUAACAAAUUACAGCUUUUGCCACUUCGAAUUGUAAGAGAUUUGAAUGUGCUAGACACUUUAAAGUCAACCUUGCCAGGUGCUACUGGAUUUCCUGAUGUCUUAUAUUGCAACACACGGGUGGAGGACUAUACCCUGCCAAUAAUUCCUGGUGGCGAGUUCCAGAGUAAGCGGAUGGAAGGUGUUGUGCUUCCACUUGCUGGUUUUCCGUCGCUUCAUUCGGUACGCCUUGAAAGUACUCGCAUUGCCAGUGUCGGAUUAAAUUGUUUCGGUAUGAGUUCGCGUAAGUCAAGUCUCAUUCUCCAGCUUCCCGCAUCGGGGAAGUUGAAUGAUGGAGAAAGUGCUAGUGCUGACGAGAUCAACCCGCGUGAGAUUCUGGGUACUACUGUCUUGGCGAAUUGGCCGAACCUUCACGAAGCCCUCGUUGUGUGUAUUAGCACGCAAUCUGGCGAAUACCGUCUGAUGCAGUCUAGCCGCAAGCACAAUAACCACGGCCAUAUUCAGAAUGAAGUCGUCUUCAGGCCGAGUGGCCCCGACGAAAAGAGCGCGUGGGCGCACUAUGCUCAGACGGAGGUGGUCAAGUUGCUGUCUGGUCGCGGACUUCCGGGCAGUGGUGGCAUCGACCUGGGCAGGACUGGAAUCACUACGAUACUGCAUGUAUUGCCUCUUCAAGGUAUGGUGUCAAAUCCGCUAACUGGUGCUAUUGAGAAAAAGUUUGGAGAUACGGAGGCACUUGUGCCCGCCCAGCUUACCGUUCGUAAUCGUAAGCUCCUAGAUGCACGGUUCGAGGAAACCACCUCGCCGCCGUUGCACGAGCGAUUCCCUGUUGACUCCAAAGUGCUUAUUACACGUGGCAAGUGGCUCGGCUGUACUGCUAUUGUGCGUUCACAGGAUGAGGAGCAACACACUGUUACCGUCCAUGUGAACACAAUUGAUCAGGAGCCGCCGUUUGGCUACAUAAUCGCACAAACGAUCACAGAACGGUUUUUUCCGGGGUAUUUGGUGGCUCAGAAGCUAAUGAUCUCAGCGUCAACUUUGGGCUUGAUCACCGGAAGCGUAAUUAUCAAGCCCAAUGGGGCUGAUAUUGGAUUGAACAUUCGCUACCGCAAGGAGUUGCUUCUUCCUGGCUAUUGCAGACUUGUCAGACGCGACAAUAGCAGCUUCAGCUCUGGCGAUGUUUGGAGAAAGGGCGAUAUUGUAAAAAUUGUGGGGAGCAGCGGCAGUGAUGAUUCCCGCUCGGACGCUUUGCAGAAUAGAGAUGGCAGUGUUACUGCUUGGGAGUACACUGAGCGUGCGGUGCAGCUGAUUGCAUCGUACCAGAAAGAAUUUCCCGAGAUUGUUCGGAAUUUGAGUCGGCUACCCUUCGCAACAACUUACCAAGGUAGGAACGUUUUCGGAAUUGAUGAUGCCGAACGUGUGGAGGUUAAGAUAGAAGCAGUAAAGCAGUGGAUCGAGCAGCAGCGUUUGGGUACGAGCGAGCAUUCUAAGCAUAUUCCGGUGACAUCGGAGUACAUUGCUUCGAACGCAAUUCGUGCUAUGGAAGCCGCUGGAGCUUUACGUGCGUCAGAGCGCGCUAAAACUACUGACGUGCAAAGAUGUGCACCUGUUGUGGCAACUGUCAGUACUGCGGAUUUGUUUCGUCCGAACCCGCUGGUGAACCAGGAUCUAACGGGGCACGAAGUAUCGCAGCGAUCAUCGCUUAACCAAGGUGCGCCAAUUUUGGGGGACCGCGUGAUUAAUAUCAGUGCGCGUGGGGUUCCGUUGGGUCACCGUGGUACUGUUGUAGCUACCCACAUAAGCAGUCGGUGCGUGGAGGUACUCUUCGAUGAGAGCUUCACGGGCGGAGAGGCACUCUACGGAACUACCAGUCUUGACCGCGGCAAGAUUGUGGCCUGGAACAACUUGCUGUGCGUAUCGGUUCCGCCAGGCAGCAAAAAACAACCGAAUAACAAAUGCUCGAAGCAGGGCCAGAAUGGAAAUAUGGCGCAGUAUAACAAUGGUGCCGAUCAGCGGCGUUACUCAGGCGGAAUGUCUGCUAUUAGCACAAAUGGCCGCAUGCUUAAGAAAAGUUUGAAAUCAAACGAUAAGGCUCCUACGUUGUUGGUUCCGCCGCCAAUUCCCAGCGCAAUACCAGCGCCUCCGAAUCCAGAAAAGAUUCAGCAGCUGAUUCAAAAAUGGAGCUUUGAUGGUGAAAUUGCUACUCAGGGUAGCGGAAAAGCAUUGCCCACUAUCGAGAUCCCAAAAGUAUCAGCACCACCGCUACCGACGUCGGCAUCCAUGCCAACGGCAGAGCAGAAGCUGGCUCCAUCCGUCGCAGCACUGUUUUCGGCGGCGGAGGCUGCGGCUAUAGCGCCUUCUCCGCCUAACGCAUUGAUGGGGCUGUUCCCUUGCACGUACAAGCAAUCCUCCGGUAAGCCUUCGCUGCUUACUCCUCCUCUACCGAGUGGAACCCCGACGCAGUUUAUACCAUCACCUCCAGCGUUCUAUGCGACGCAGCUACCGCAACCGCAGCUCGUCUUGAUGCCCGACGGAUCGUAUGCUCCAAUGUAUGCGCCACCACUCUCUGGAGCUUUCUUGCCGUCCCAGACGCCAUUUCCAGUUCCGCCCAGCAUAGAAGAGUAUAUCCCUGGUGGAGCUGCUUUUCGCUUAAAAACCGACAAGAGGUUGAGCGCAACGACGGAGACUGCAUUUGACGGAUCCAAGUGGAAACACCGCAGUCAUGGCGGAAGGGGCAAGCAGGGGACAUUGCCGAAGAGUGGUGGGAACGCCAUAGUGAAGCAGACAGGUGCUCAAUCGACUCAUAGAAAAUGGGUCCCAAAGCAGAGCGGUGACGCGAAGGGCCGACCACAGCUUUUGCUCCCAUCUCAGGUUAUGCGUCAACAGAAGCCUCAGCAGUAG